AUAACCUACCCGUAAAUAAUAAACAACCAUGGUUCUCUGUAAAUAUAUUUUUAUCUUAUUUAUUAAGGAUUAGAAAUUAUUCGGAUUAUAAUAAUUUUUUUAAUGCGUAAAAAAUUUCAACGAUUUAUAGUAAUGCCAUUGUAUUACAUAAAAUUAAAUAAAUGCCAAGAUUUCUUGUGUUCUUAAAAAUAAUUAUAAAAGUUUUUAAUAACAAUAUAUAAAAAAAAUACAUAAAUGGAGGUCACAAAUAAUAGUGGAAGUAUAAAAGCAAUAGACAAAACUACAGUGCAUAGGAUCUGUUCUGGGCAGGUUGUUCUCAAUUUAGCUACUGCAGUAAAAGAGUUGAUCGAAAAUAGUCUUGAUGCAGGAGCUACUGUCAUUGAUGUUAAAUUGAAAGAGUAUGGUAGUGAAAUUAUUGAAGUUGUGGAUAAUGGUGCUGGAGUUCAUCCUUCUAAUUUUGAGGGACUUACGCUCAAACAUCACACCUCUAAACUACGAGACUUCUCAGAUUUGAUUUCUGUUGAAACUUUUGGUUUCCGCGGAGAAGCACUAAGUUCAUUGUGUGCUUUGAGUGAAUUAAGUGUAGUGACAAGACAUGAGAGCGAAAAUUGUGGUACUGCACUGACCUUUGACAGAAAUGGUCACAUAAUUGAUCAAAAGCAACAUGCAAGACAAAUUGGCACGACUGUCACUUUGACUAAUCUGUUCAGUGCUUUACCAGUUCGACAAAAAGAAUUCCAUAAAAAUUUAAAAAGAGAAUUCAACAAAAUGACUCAACUUUUAUCAGCUUAUUGCUUGGUGUCUACAGGUGUGAAAAUAAGCUGUGUGAAUCAAACAAAAAGUUCUAGAACCACAUUCCUCUCAACCCAAGGAUGUAAAACAGUAAAAGAAAAUAUAUCAUGUCUUUUUGGAGCGAAACAGUUAUCAAGUUUAUUAGAAAUAAAACAGACGUUACCCAAUGAUGAAAUUCUUGCUGAACUUCAGGUGUCUGAAGAAGAUUUUUGUGAUUUUACCCUCGAAGGAUAUAUAUCUUCAUGUGCUCAUGGUUCUGGCAGAGGAUCGAAUGAUAGACAGUUUUAUUUUAUCAAUUCUCGACCGUGUGAGCCUCAAAAAAUAACGAAGCAGGUAAAUGAAGUUUAUCAUCAGUUUAAUAGUCAUCAGUACCCAUUUGUAUUUCUUAAUAUAAAUGUCACUAAGGGUUCAGUUGAUAUAAAUGUAACGCCUGACAAGAGGAAGGUUUUUCUCACUGAAGAGAAACUUCUUCUGGCAUUAAUAAAGGCAUCAAUUUUACAUCUUUUUGAAAAAAUUCCUUCUACCUUUUCUUACAACAAUGUUUCUAUUUGUCGUAAUGAACCACCGAAAAAUAGUGAGGGUAGUAGGCCAAACUUUAAUAAAUUUGAUUUUUGGAGGCAUAAAAGUGAUGGAAAAAGGAAAAGCGAUUGCCUUGAGGAAAAAUUUCCCAAAAAACAAAGUAAAAUUGAAGUGAAAAAUACAAGUCUGAUUGAACGUUUCUGUGUGCCAGAGAAAAAGGAAAAAUUAGAUGACAGUGAAAAUGUAAUCAAAGAAAAUGGUAGUACAGAGCAGUGUUAUGGUUUUAUUCAAAAUAACCAUAUUGAUGCAGAACAUAAUUCAGAUAUUUUGCAAAAUAAGAAUUUUGAUAUUACAGAAAAUAAUACGAACAUUUUUCAAAAUUCCAAUAGUGAGCAAACUACCAUUGAAUUAACGAUCAGUAAAAAAGAUGAGCAGAGUCAGGAAAUCUGUGAUAAAAUAUCUGUUGAUGAAAAUCUGUCAAUUGUGGAAGAGGUUAGUGAGGUAAAAGAAAUUAUUACUAGUUUGGAAGAAACGCUUCCUGGAAGAUCAAAACUAUCUGUAGAGGAGUCUGUUGAAAGUAAAUCUAUAUCAUAUUCAAGUUCGGAGGAUAUUGAAGAACAAAAAAGAGUACAAAGUUCUGAAAAUUCUGAAACAAGUGAUGAGAAGACUACAGACAAUUUAGUUCCUAUUGAAUUUGAUGAGUUUGAGGAACGUGGAGUAAAAAGUAUUUUUUCUUCUUUUGAUUUUGAUUCAAUAAAAAAAUCAUUUUGUGAAAGAUUAAAUAAAUCACAUCACGAGGAAGCAGCUCCUACGGUGCGCUUUCGAGCUGUCAUUGAUCCCUCCAAAAAUCAACAAGCUGAAAAAGAACUGAGUAAAGAGAUUUCAAAAGAAAUGUUUAAAAAGAUGGAAAUAAUUGGCCAAUUCAAUCUAGGAUUUAUUAUUGCAAAACUUGAUUCAGACUUGUUCAUAAUUGACCAACAUGCCACUGAUGAAAAAUAUAAUUUUGAGACAUUACAACAAACAACAGUUAUAUCAAAUCAAAAACUUGUUUCACCUCAACUUCUUGAACUAACAGCUGCAAAUGAAUUUGUUGUGAUGGAGAAUAUGAAUAUUUUUAAUAAAAAUGGGUUUGAAUUCCAUGUUGAUGAAACAGCCAUCGAAUUCCCUUGUACCCAAUCCGUACAAUCCAAAAUCCUUCGGAAAAUCUUCAAUGCUCCUUACUUUGUCACCAAUAAAAUAAUCUAUAAUGACCUUAAUGUUCCUUAUGUUUCCGAUUUGGCCCAAUCCAGAUACCAAUCCUUCCAUAAUAAACUUCAGAACCAUCCGAAUCCUCUCGUCUCUAACCUUGCUUCCUCUUCUAUUCCUGAUAACCCUCCGAGGCAGGGCUCCCAACCGAGUGGUUUCGCCUCAGUGACAAAUCUACCGUCAAAUCCGACGGAACAACCUGUAGCUACCUGUUCCAUCGCCCACCGGAAGAGUACUCGAUGGCACGGAGCUACUGGUGGAAUGGAUGAUUCACAUCCGGGGCAAUGUCCAUUUGCAAAACAAUCCUCCCUUCCCCUCCCUCCCCCAGAGGUUCGUACACAAUCCCUCCGCACUUCAGUUGACCGAAUUACUAACUCUAAUUUGAACAUUUUUCGAAACCUGGACAAACGACUCUCUUGGAACUUCCAUACCAGACUGAAACGACUAGAAACCGCCCGACGUUUUCGACUACUGCAGCACUUACCAGACAAACGCUCUAAGCUUUCAAUCAAUUACAAACGACUCAUAUAUAUGACAAUAAUAAGACCUAUUUGGACUUACGGAAUUGAGCUUUGGGGCUCCACUAAACCAUCGAAUUCCUCUCGUAUCCAAUCCUUACAAUUCAAAAUCCUUCGUAAAAUCCUCAACGCUCCUUACUUUGUCACAAAUAAAAUCAUCCAUAAAGACCUUAAUGUUCCAUAUGUUUCCGAUUUGGCCCAAUCCAGAUACCUAUCCUUCCAUAACAAACUGCAGAACCAUCCGAACCCUCUCGUUUCAAACCUUGCUUCCUCCUCGAUCCCUGAUAACCCUCCGAGGCGACAGCCCUGGGGCAAACUGCCGGCCUUCGAGAGUCAGAGCCAUGUUCGCUUCCCGCGCCUGCAGGAAGUCCGUCAUGAUCGGGACGGCUCUCAACCUGAAGGACAUGAGGAGGCUUGUCGACAACAUGGCCACCAUCGAACAACCAUGGGAUCUCAAAGAGAUAUCACCCAUAAAGAUAGGAGACAUUUUUCUUUUAUUGCUUGUGACAUCCCUCCAAGUUAA